GGCAAAUUUUAAAACGAAGCAAACUCUUGGUUAUAAAAGCGAGUGUCACAGCACUAGUUUAUAUAUAGUACCAACCUUCUCUUCCUUGUAACUUACCUUUUAGCAAUGGCGGAAAUAGUACAUGAUUUUUUCCCAUUGAUGAGAGUUUACAAAGAUGGUCGAAUCGAGAGGCUGGCCGGCGAAGGUUUUGUCCCACCUGAAUCUGAUCCUGAAACCGGAGUACAAAUCAAGGACGUUCAAAUUGAUCCACAAAUUAACCUAUCAGCAAGACUUUACCUGCCCAAAAAUGUCGACCCGGUUCAGAAAAUUCCCCUUUUCGUCUACUUUCACGGCGGCGGCUUUGUUAUCGAAUCUGCUUUUUCUCCUACCUAUCACAAAUAUCUUAGCCUGGUAGCAGCUGAAGCAAAAGUCGCGAUCGUCUCUGUUAACUACAGGUUAGCUCCUGAGUACCCUUUACCCAUAGCUUAUGAAGAUUCAUGGCUAGCUCUCAAAUGGGUCACUUCACAUGCCAAUGGUGAUGGUCGUGAACCAUGGCUAAAAGACUAUGCCGAUUUCAAUCGUGUCUUUUUAGGCGGAGAUAGCGCGGGUGGUAACAUCGCACACCAUAUAGGAAUUCGAUUAGGGUUGGAAAAGUUUGAGGGUGUGAAAAUUGAUGGGAUUUUCCUUGCGUGUCCAUAUUUCUGGGGAAAGGAUCGUAUUGAGGGUGAGGGAGAAAACUUGCUUGCCAAGGAUUUCGUUGAGGACCUUGUGUUGAUUGGUAAUCCCAAUAGCACGGGGUUAGAUAAGGAUCCUAUUGACUUAGGUUCCAAGGAUCUCUUUGAGAAGCUAUGGUUGUUUGUGAAUCCCACCAGCUCUGGAUUAGAUGAUCCGUUGAUUAACCCGGAAAAGGAUCCGAAAUUGUCUGGGUUAGGGUGUGAUAAAUUAGUUGUGUAUGUGGCCGGAAAAGAUCCGUUGAGAUUCAGGGGAUUUUACUACAAGGAGGUGUUGGAGAAGAGUGGGUGGCCGGGGACGGUGGAGGUUGUGGAAGUUAAAGGCAAGGGACAUGUGUUUCACCUCUUUGUUCCUGAAGCUGAAGAAGCCAUAGCCAUGUUGAAAAAAUUGGCCUCUUUCCUUAAUCAGUCAUAGGACCCAGUCAUUUAUAAUCUUGUUUGUCAUGGAAAUUCAACUAUAUAAUAAGGCAUCAUGUGCUUAGCAAA